GUACAAGGAGUUGAUGACGGGAAAAACUGCCAGAGAGAUCAUCGCUAUUUUAUGGAUCCUCUCCUUUGUUAUCGGUCUCAUCCCCUUCUUCGGAUGGAACUUGAAGUACAAGAGCUGCAGGAACGACAGCUCUGGGUCGGACAACACUACGAACACUGGCCACAUGCAGGGGCUGCCGGGCAGCGGGGACUUACUGCAGAGCUGCAAGCUCGAUUGCUUCUUUGAGAGCGUGGUAGACAUGCAUUACAUGGUCUACUUUAAUUUCUUUGUGUGCGUGCUGCUGCCGCUGCUCAUCAUGCUGGGCAUCUACGUCAAGAUCUUCACCGUGGCCAGGAAGCAGCUGAGGCAGAUCGAGCUCAAGUGUGUGGGCAACGGGGACAGCCAUCACCACGGGCUGCUGCAGAAGGAGAUCCGGGCCGCCAAGUCCCUCUCCAUCAUCGUGGGACUGUUCGCCGUGUGCUGGCUGCCCGUCCACAUCCUCAACUGCCUCACGCUGUUCUACGGGGAGCUGAAGAAGCCGGAAGUCGUCAUGUACGUGGCCAUCAUUCUGUCUCACGCCAACUCUGCGGUCAACCCCAUCAUCUACGCUUACCGCAUCCAGGACUUCAGGAACACCUUCCGCAAGAUCCUGGAACAGCACUUCCUCUGCCGCAAGGAGGAGCUGUACCUGAGCUCCAACGGCAGCAGACGCAACAGAGACCAGAUCCACAUGACCAUCGACCCUCUGCUAUAGAGGAGGAGUGCCAUCUGUGUCGACUCUGUUGUUUCGGUGUUGAAUUUUAAAUUUCACUGAGGAUUAUAAUGUUUACAGAACAAGGGUAUGAUGUGUGAAGAUGAUGUCAAAUGCGCCUUGAAUGUGGACAUUUAUUUAUGAGUAUCAGGGGUCAAGCAGUGAAAUGUUGAAUAGCGAGUCUUACAUAACUUUUGUAUUGUGAAGGAUUUUUGAUUUUGUUGAAGCUAACUGGAUUUGUAGGACUGUGAACAGGAUCCAAACUUAAAAUGCUAUUUAUCGCUCUGAAUCCACCCUGUUACAAACACUCCUCUUUUCUUCGCCCUGCUAUUUUAUAUCAUCAACAUUCAGUGCCACUGUUUCAUACUUUAUUUAUUGCCAGACCAUGUCUUUGAGAAUGUAAAGAUCAAAAAAAAAAAAACACUUGUGUGGUUAGAUCUGUGCUUGUGGACCUAAAAAGGUACAACAGUAGUCGUCUUUGUCCGUAGUUAUUUUUGGCUCAACAACCUUCAUACUCAUCUUCAUCACAGGCUCAAUUUACACGACUGAUAGGAUCUCUUUAGCUUUUAUUUGAUUAUAAGAGGAGCAGGAAGUGUGGUAUUGCUCAUGUUUAUAUUCAAAAUUAGAGACAAACAACAAAAAUACACCAGAGUAGCAGAAAUGUUCCCAUCGCUCUGCUGUUCAGCUCAGCCAGAGUGUGCAGGUGUUCCUGUGUGCAGGCAGACGGAUCAGACAUUCUGCACACAGGAAGCCGCCAUUAACUAAAUUAAAAGAACAGGGAUAGACAUGCAAAAACAAACAGAAGGGGACAAAAAAAAAGCUUUUCCUUCCCCAUGAGUCAUCUCUCAUAGCCAUAGGGGCAGCAGAAUGAUCCUGUAAGCCCUGUGGCUGUGAACUAGAGGUACAAGGACUCCAAAAUGAACAGCGUGAUGCGAAUCAGUCACGCAAACCCAGAAAUGAGACGUAGUUUAGCAGAAACACACCCCCAGUGGUGCUCCACAUCAAUUCCAUUUUUUGUUAAGACAAAAGCUCAGGAAGUCGGAGACUGAUUGUACCCUUUGUAGAAAUAUGGCAUCUGCACAGAGCGUCUUCAGUGUGAACAUGCUGAACCUGGAGGACAGUGUCAAACUGGACACUUCCAAUCAAUGCAAUUCACAUUAUUCCUCAUCAUCCAAGCUCCGCAUUCCCUUUGGUUCUCGUACUUGCUGUAGGAGUCCGGCUGACGACACCGCUCCCCUCAGACAGUCUCAGCCGGGAUCCUGAGGCUGCUGGUGAGUCCUCCACAAGUCACUCACUGAGCUGAGAUGAGCUGUUUCAUUUGAGAAAACAAUACAUUUUAUUUUAAGGGCAUAACCUCUGAAAUGCGUUGCAUCCUAUAACUGAGGAUUCUAAUCUUCUUUGUGCUGGCAAAAAUAGACGACUUCAGUCCAGCUGAUGAUAGAAACAGAAUCUGAGGGAACACUAAGGAAUCACUGUCUUAGAGACAAAUUCUUUGAUUUCAGUGAUGCACAAAGUGCAGCAUCGUAGGCUGAGGAACGGUUUGCAUCUUUCAUGAUAGAGGUGGUUAACAUCAUAUGUGACUGAAGACGGAACAAGAGCUUAUAAAUCAUUAAAAAAAGAAAAAAAAAACAGGUCUUUGUGAAUUCAAUCAGAAGAGCAGUUUUGUUCAGAGUGUCGUAACUUAUGUGAAGAACUGAAGGUGUUCUGGUCACCUGAGAGCCAUCACUACACAAAUGAAAACAUUGCACUGACAUUUUAGACUUUUCCCUGUUUGGUGUGCUUCACUGUUGUUGUUGAACCAUGUUGUGUUGGUGUUAAAUGAGUGUUCUUGACUUGAGCACCUGCCUCCACUGCUUCACUAUAUCUCCCCUCAUUGGCCGUUGUGUCCAGUGUACCACCUCUGACUAACUUCAAGGGCUAAAACACAGGAGUGUGCCAACGUUUUAGUACAUUCCAAUGGAGACAUCUAUACUGUAACUGCACUGUAACGUCGUAUUAUUGUCUUUGUUGACUGAUGUGUAAAAACAAGUACUGUAGGUGUCCGGCUUUCUACAAGCUAUUGAUUGAUGUCAAACUAUUGCAUUUUUUUUUCUCCAAUUUUAAAGGUAAGACGGACAAUAACGAGUUGAUCUAGUUCAACAUUCCUGCCUUUCAUUCCGAAGUACCUAUCUGUCGGUGUGCUGUAGUGUCGUUACUAAUCAGGAGAAACAUCCACUGUGGUCAAGCUGAUGCUCCACUUUUCAAGAGGCCAUUCUUUUGUUCAUUCAACAAAACUACAACUGCAAACUGAUACUGCUAUUUAACAUGAUGCAAUCUGUAUGUAUGGUGAAUUAUUUUGUUAAUAAAGGCAAUGUUUAUAUUGUUAAA